UGUUACUCAGACUCUGACAGCGAAAAUGGAAUGGCGGCACGAGCAAGGCAAAAAUACCAAAAACUCGCAGUAUCUGAAAGCUUCCAGGAGGAUAUUCAUUUUGCGGUGGCGACCAUGCAGAGCAGUCCAUUUGCUGCUUCAGAUGAGGGAUGUAUGCAAGUUGAGAUGUCAAGUGAUGCUAACAUAGGACACGCUGAAAAUCAUGAUACGUUAUCUUGGGAACUGUUCCACCAAAAUGCGGGUGAAGUAAUGCUUUCCAUGGAAAUCCAGACAAUAGCCAAAGAAAUAGUCAGAGCAUGUGCACGUGAUUCUCGCUCGCUCACUCUUAUGGCAAGGGCUUUAAGAAAUGUGUCGGACACUGAAAUCUGGGAAUAUGCGCUCGACAGUUUGAGCUUGCAACAUGCAUCUUGUCGUGAUGAUUACGAAAACCUUUCAGUGAAUGUGUUGAAAUUCUGCAUUGAACUUCUAGACGAUGAUGUAACUAGAAAUUGCUUGAAGAGUUUGGCAAUGCAAAGCAAGAGCAAAGAGGUUGGCAGAGCAUCUAUGUUGGACAGCUGGAUCGGGGACGGUAUGUUGGUCACUCGUUCUGAGGGUGAAAUUAUCGUCAAGAAUCUUCUCGAUGCGAAGCUUCUGGAGUUGUCUGAGAAUGGGGAACUUGUGAAGUUUGUAGAUAUUGGUCAGCAUCUGGUACAUCUCGCGUUGCAUCCUGAAGAAGGUUCUGAACUUCUGAUGCAAGGUGGUUUGGGGCUGGUGGAGCCAACAGAGGUUGAGGAAUGGGAGAGAACGAAAGAAAUCUGCUUGAUGCAUAAUAAUUUGACUGAAUUUCCCGAAAAUCCGAGGUGCCCUUCACUUUUGCCUCUGUUCCUGCAAAGAAAUCACAAGUUAAGGGUGAUACCUUCUUUAUUUUUCCGUCACAUGCCUGCUCUAGAAGUUCUCAACCUAUCAAGAACGCACAUCAAGUCCUUGCCCGACUCGCUCUUCCAGCUGGUCAGUCUCCAGAGACUCUUCUUGAAUGAAUGCAUCCUCCUCAGGACGUUAUCUGCAAAAGUUGGUGGCCUCAGGAACCUUGAGGUACUAGACCUCAAAGGGACAAAGCUCAUGGGACUACCAAAGGAAAUCGAGCAACUCGUCAACCUGACUUGCCUGGAAGUCUCAAUAUUAAGCACGAGUUGUAAAUUGUCCGAGGAACCGCAUCCAUUGAUUCCUUCCAGAGUCCUAUUGUCUCUCUCGCAAUUGGAAGAAUUGAAUAUUGACGUGGGUCCUGAUGCCGAACGGUGGGAUUCUUGCAUGGAAGUCCUUGUUGAUGGAAUCUGCAGCCUGGGAAGGAUUAUCAUCGGCAAACACAUCGGCUGCAUCAUGUCUCGACUCCCACCUGACAUCGAGUUCAAACUGGAAUGCUGGGAUAGGUACUUGAAGUAUAUCCACGGUAAGGGCAUUCUUCAAGACGUGAUGAAGGUACUAAGGAAAGCAGAUGCAUUUUUCUUGGACCGGCAUACUGAUCUUAAGAAGCUCUCUGAUUUUGGGAAAGAAAACUUGGAGUACCUGAGGUGCUGUGUACUGGGGGAGUGCAAUGAGCUUCAAGUGCUGAACGACGGUGAGGAUUUCGGCGAACAAGGUGACAGGAUCUGCCUCGGGUCACUGAAAUAUCUGUAUGUGUAUUACGUGAAGAACUUGGAGGCCAUUUGGAGGGGCCCAGUGCAGAAGGGGAGUUUAUCUUGUCUGAAGUCCCUGACAUUACGGACAUGCCCGAAGAUUACCAGCAUUUUUACACGAGAACUGCUUGAGAAUCUCUGCAAUUUGGAAGAGCUCACACUCGAGGACUGCCCUGCUUUGGUAAGCUUAGUUAGCUGCAAACGAUGCUCACUGCGAAACAUCUUACUACCUGCCCAAGUUGAGGAAGAUGAAGCUUCAUUACCUGCUGCAAUUGACGAGCAUCUCUAGCGGCCUGCAAGUUGCACCCAAGAUCGAGCUGCUCAGCUUCUAUGACUACCCCAGCCUCAGAUCUGUUAAUCUGUCUGUAAAGGAAGUUAAGAGGAUACGGGGCCAGAGAAUUUGGUGGGAGGGCUUGGAAUGGACCAGAGACCGCCCAGACAAGUUGGAUGAUCUUUUUGUCCCCAUAAGUGCAAGUGUAGAUCCUUAGCGCAUCCAUGCGCUUGUGUGUUUUUGUUCAUCAUGUUGGCUACUGCGUUCUGGUAAAAAAUCAAUAAACCUCGAUGCUGCGGGGAUGUUAAGACUUUCUUUGCAGGUCGGACUUUUCUGAAGCAGUCCUCUUACUGUAAGUUUCCCAUUUAUUUAUGGAUGUGCUGUAUACAUUCCUGGGUCAUAAUACCAACUCCCCGCGUUAUGAUCGGUUGCUGCU